UAAUAUUAGUAUAGAUGGGAAGCCAUCUAGUCUGAAAACGAACAAAAAACAUCUUUCACGCAACUGUGUGAAAGUUAUGGAAUAUUAUUAUAUUACAUAGUUAUAUUCAAAUUAGAUAACCUGUUGAUGUAUAUUGUUUUCCAGUCGGCUUUCCCUUCGUCGAAAAUAAAAACCACACAGACACCGUUAUGCUCGAACCCUUAGAUCAGAUAGAUUUGGAACUCCUAAGGUAUCCGACACUUGAACAAAUCCUGCCGACACUCUCAAAGAAAACUAGCAAGGACUUGGAAAACAUACCUGACGCCGUCAUCAGAAACGUAUCAAUAGACAUCGACAAAAUUAACAUAGAAAAGUUCAAGAAAAAAAUGGACGUGAUAAUGGAUCAGCUAGCUGUACACGAAGAACCAAAAAAUGGGACGAACCAGACGAGGAGGCAGGCCGUCUUGCCCGGGACUUACGGCCAGGGUCCCUACGAGGACGCCAGCAAACAUAUGAUAAAACGCAAAACCAUUGACUGCAUGCUGCAAACGCUCUACAUGGGCAGGCAUAAGGUCAAAGAACUUGAAGACAAUAAGUUCUUCAAUUCCAAAGACACAGGGUUUCGAAUUGCAUUCACCUAUCGGCGUUUGACCAGGCUUUUUAAUAAGCUCAUGCAAAUAUUCACAUACGGGAAUUAUAAACGAUGGACGUGGGACUAUGUCGAUCCUCAAAUGGUUCUUCACGCUAAAGCCGCAAGAGUGAGUGUCGAUUUCCAAUACCUUUGGUGGGUGUUAAUCAAGGUUGACAAUCUUUUCAAAGCAAAAGUGGCAGAAGAAAAGAAAAAACAGAAGAAGAAGAAUAAAGACAAAGAUGGUCCAGACUUGGCAGACGAAAUGAACUACUCUUGAUAGGACUUAACUGUCCCAACACGCUAAGACAUUGUAUGACCAAUUUUAGUCCGAUUUCCUGUGAUUAUUAAUGGCGUAAUUACAAAUAAACCUCAACAACUACCUGCUUUUGGAAUAUGACCGCUACAAAAUACAAACCCACUGAAUAUAGAAGUAAUAAAAUAAUUAUAUAUCUAUUGUAAUAUCAUCGACAUAUCAUUAUUAAGGAACAAGCGCCAUGCAACAGCUUAGGUACUAAUAAUGGCUUAAUAAUGUAUAACCAAAUUUUGGACCAUAUAAAAAUUUAAAAAACCCAUUUUUUUUAUAAAAUUUCUGUUUCUUCCAUGUCCAAAAAAAUUCCUUUUGGUUCCAGAAUGGAUUUUUGCUAAUAGAUGUAUUUUGUUAGGCAUUUGACAGGACCUGAUUCGCUCACCCUUCGUCGCUUCUUAAUGCCUAACUGUAAAGGGGAAAUGUCCCAAUAAAGUCAACAUAACGGG